AUGAGGUGUUCUUAUUGGUUUAUAUUGAAACUAUCAUUUUUUGUUAUAUUCAUCGUUUUGAUUUGGCGAACAAGUCAAUUUUACUGUACAAAUCAACAGUCCAUUGAUACCAGCAUUGCAUCUACAACUAUCUUAACAUCUUCCUCUUCAGCACCCUGUCCAUCUCCUUCAGCUUGUCCUACUGAUUGUCCUUCGUCUUCUUCCUCUUCUUCAAUUUUGUUACCGUCAUCAAUUUCAAGAUCAGAAAUCGUUCAUAUUGCUGUUGUUUUAGCACUCGCCAAAGAAACCUCGCAUAUCGCCGAAUUUCAUUUACUCUAUGAAUCAUGGCGUUUCAUUCAAAUAUUUUCUCCAUUAUCAGAACAAGUGAUUAUUGAUUUAAUUGUAUUUUGUGAGUUGCCUAGUUGCUAUCAAUUACCAGUAAAUUGUAUACCACUUUCCUACAAUUACAAGCUCAAUUUAAUUCCUGAUUGUUUUUAUCAAAAACUAGAAGAUCAAAUCGUUUCAGAUUGGAAAGAUUAUCUUUAUAUGACAUCAAUUGCUUUUAUGGUAACCCCACAAUAUCAACAAGCAACCAUAAAUUAUAAAUGGAUAUUAAGGGUAGAUCAAGAUGCUAUACUCAGUCCUGGUUUAUUUUUAGGUCUACUUCGAAAACAUCCGAUUAAAUUGCAAAAAAAACAAUUCGGAGGACUUGGUCAUGGAACUGAAUUUACAAAUAUUCGAUUACGUAUGAUUGCUAAAAAACUGGGUUAUACACAUAUGGGAAUUCACAAUCUUUGUUCGACAUGGUUGGUAAGCCCAAAAGAUUCAAUCAAAAUUGCUAAUCUAACUACACACAUCGGAAGAUAUCUUCUUCGAAAUGAAUUUGGUCGACAUGUUCCAGGUAUUGAAGAUUUGCCAAAUAUUGGUGAAUGGCCAAAAUGGUGGCGUGGUGUUACAUCAUUAUAUGCUGGUGAAAUUGCGAUCAAUCAUAUUUAUUCGUCAAGUCUUAGUCAUCAACAUGAAGUUUCUGUAUUAGAUCAUCCAUCAGAUUCACAAGAUUCCUUGUGGAGUGCUUGGCAUAUUCAUUGUUUACAUAAUCCAACAUAUUUUGCAAAAUUUCGACAUCGUGAUGAUCUUUACUAUUUUCUUCGUCGUUCGCAAACAAAACGAAUUCGAAUUAUUAAAGAUUACUAUUCUGCACAAUCGAUUAUCAAAGGAAUAAUUGAUGAAUUCUAUGGAACGUAUAUGAGAAACGAAACAGUAACAGGAAAGAUCUCAGUUCGUGAUUAUGUAACCGUGUUAGCAUGGAGAAAAGCUUAUGCAGCAACCGGAGCCAUUAAUUUGUGA